AUGCUUAACCUUCCCAUUUCAUUUCUUUUCUCUGGUGGUGGUGGUGGUGGUGUUCUACAAGGGACUACUUGUGAGGCCAUCCUGUGCACACUAACCGCGGCCAGGGACCAAAUGUUAGACAAAAUUGGGAGAGAAAACAUGGGGAAGCUUGUUGUUUAUGGGUCUGAUCAAACCCAAUCUUCACUCCAAAAAGCUGCUAAAAUUGCAGGCAUUAACCCCUCGAAUUUUCGAUCUCUCUUGACCACAAAGUCUACUGCAUUUGGGUUAUCUCCCAAUUCACUAAAGUCAGCAAUUCAAUCAGAUAUCAAAUUUGGGCUAAUUCCAUUGUUUUUCUGUGCCACUAUAGGGACUACUUCAUCUAAUGCAAUUGAUCCAUUGGGGCCAUUAUGUGAUAUAGCAAAAGAUUAUAAUAUUUUGGUUCAUAUUGAUGCUGCAUAUGCAGGAAGUGCAUUUAUUUGUCCAGAGUUUCGCCAUUUUCUUCAGGGUAUUGAGGGUGCUAACUCAUUUAGUCUCAAUGCGCAUAAAUGGUUCCUCACCACUUUGGAUUGUUGUUGUCUUUGGGUAAAGGAACCAAGUGCCCUAAUCAAAGCUCUCUCAACUGAUCCGGAGUAUUUGAAGAACAAGGUUUCUGAUUCAAACCAAGUGGUGGACUACAAAGACUGGCAAAUAGCAUUGAGCCGACGUUUCCGAGCAAUGAAGCUAUGGCUUGUGCUCAGAAGCUAUGGCGUAUCAAACCUAAGAAACUUCAUAAGGGGUUAUGUAAAAAUGGCUAAACAUUUUGAAGGGCUCAUAGCCAUGGGUAAGAGGUUCAAGGUCGUGGUUCCUAGAAAUUUUGCAAUGGUUUGUUUUCGGAUUUCGCCAUUAAUGAUGGGAAAUGCUAAUCAAAAGAUUUUAGGUGAAGAAGAUGCAAAUGAAUUCAACAGAAAGCUUUUGGAAUCCAUUAAUGCGACAGGGAGAGUGUACAUGACACAUGCUGUGGUUGGGGGAGUGUACGUGAUAAGCCUUGCUGUUGGAGCAACACUUACAGACUAUUGCCAUGUGAACAAGGCUUGGAAGGAGAUACAAGAGCAUGCACAUACCAUGCAAAACCCAUUUGAUUAUUUUGCUAGAGAUGUCAUGGCUAAGAGUUUUACAGCUAUUAGAGGAGCUGAUGAGUAG